UGUAUUUACACCUGUCAACGUCAAAGUAUUAUUUUUGUGAUCGAGUAACUGAUUUUUACCUAAUUCUAAGAAUUCAUUUUUGUUUUAUAAUAUAACAUUGCAUUUUAUUAAAAUGUCGUGUCGCUGUGCAUCUCACGCCGGUAGCUGGUACACGGAGAAUGGCAGCGAGUUAUCGCGUCAGCUGGACCUCUGGUUGUCCAAGGCGGACCUCACGCACGGACCAGCGAGGGCUAUUAUUGCGCCACAUGCUGGUUAUUCGUAUUGCGGCGCGUGCGCAGCGUUCGCGUAUAGACAAGUCAGCCCGGUCGUUGUGAAGCGUAUCUUCAUCCUGGGUCCCUCUCACCACGUCCGCCUCGGAGGCUGCGCGCUCUCCUCCCUCGACAAGUACCAGACGCCGCUUUAUGACCUCACAAUAGAUAAACAAAUAUACGCGGAAUUGGAGGCGACGCGCCAGUUCGAGCGGAUGGAUGUACAGACUGAUGAAGAAGAACACUCUAUAGAGAUGCACCUGCCGUACAUAGCCAAGGUUAUGGAGGAAUAUAAGACCGGCUUCACGAUUAUUCCCAUUUUAGUCGGAUCUUUGACACCGGAGAAGGAAGCCAAGUACGGCGCAAUCCUGGCCCCAUACCUGGCGGACCCGCAGAACCUUCUGGUGAUCUCGUCGGACUUCUGCCACUGGGGCUCGAGGUUCAGAUACACGUGGCGGGACACCAGCCGCGGCCACAUAUACCAGAGCAUCGAAUGGCUGGACAAACAAGGCAUGGACAUCAUCGAAAAAAUGGACCCGCGACCCUUCACCGAGUACCUCAACAAAUAUGGCAACACCAUUUGCGGCAGACAUCCCAUUGGCGUACUGUUGCAGGCAAUAUCAAAGCUCCAGUCGCAAUCCAACGCACCUCGGAUGUCGCUGAAAUUCCUGAAAUAUGCACAAUCUUCCCAAUGUACGAACAUGCAAGACUCUUCCGUGUCGUACGCCAGUGCUUCGUUAGUCUUCGAGUAGAAUUAAAGCCAGUCUUCAACCCCAUCCCUAACCACCAGUGGCGAAGGGUCCAUAUAACCCGAUUACUGCCGGCUUCCCCUUCGUUAUUUAUAUAAAAUCAAGUAUAUAAAAGUAUAUAAAAUCAUUAGAAAGAUUUACAGAUCGUAUUAUAUUAGUACCUAUAUGUUGUGUCGGGUUACCUUGAGGAAUAUUUCGCCCUUCGCCACCCCUGACCGCCGUUUUCAAUAUACAUCGGCAAUAUAUAUCGGCUUUAAAUUUUGGGUGUUGUCACAAAUUUUGAUUGAUUUAAACCUCUCGGAGUAAUUAUUACUAGCAAUAAAUCCACGUCAACGCUCCGUUAUGUUAAAAGGCUAAUUUAUAAAGCAAUUAUUGCGUACAAUUAUUUCUUACAAUAAUUGAUCUGUCUUUAUCAGCAUUGUUUUACUGUCCUACUGCUGGGACUCCUCUACUGAGAGAUUAGGCCUUAGUUCACCACGCUGUAGUGCGGGCAGACUUCACACACCCUCGAAACUCCUAUAGAGAACUUCUCAGGUAUGCAGGUUUCCUCACGAUGUUUUCCUUCACCGUUAAAGCAAGCGAUAAUUCACAAAAACACAUAACUUUAGAAAAAUCAGAGGUGUGUUUGUGUUUUGAUAUGCAGUUCAUUACACUACCAACUAGUAUAGUAAUAACGAACCAAUGGCACGCGUGUUGGUGGCACUUGACCAAAUAAUUCAGGCACGCGAAUAAUCCAAACAUUGUGUAUGUAUCUUCCUUUACUACACUUCGCUUAACAUCAGGUGCAAUGAAGCCACUUUGGUGCCAGCAAAAUAAUUUGUACACGCGAAUAAUAUACCUUACAUUAUAUAUGCAUCUUUGGGUUCCACUUCGCUUAACAUUAGGUACAGUAAAGCCACUUUACUGAGUCUUAAUAAAAACACAAAACAUAGUUGGGUCAAAAAAAAGUCGCUAAAGGCACACUCGGGUAGAUAAAACCGGUCCUGGAUGGUACGUUUCAGGCCAUACUUUUUUUUUUAAUAAAUAAUAGCACGUUAACGAAAGGUCCACCAUCCCUGAACUAGAUUAUCGCUGCUAUCUAAAUGAAGAUUUAAAUCCGUUUUCUAUAAAUGAUCCCAAUAUCAAUCUUCAAUCAGAGAAUGAACCAAUCGAAAUAACUCGUUUGUAAUGUCAAAAAUACUUUGUUCUGAUUGAUCCAUUUUUGAAAUGGAUCGAAAAAUGAGAUCGGGAUCGUCUAUUGAAAUAAGUCGGAUCGAGGAUUUGGAUUGAGAUGGUUUUUAAAACGGCAGUUUAUCGGAUACCUGUGGGUUUAGAACAAACUAUUCAUGUAAGAGUAAGUGAUUAAUUUCUCUAUAGAUUUGUUUGGGUAAUCAAUUGAACCAUUAAGUAUAUAAAGAGAUGUAAGGGACUAUAAAUAAGAAAUAAACAAUAAAGUAUAAGCUGAAGACAUGAUUCCUAAGUUUGAUUUUGUACAUUAUUUUAUACGAGGUCAUUUUGACAUUGCGUUACUAAAUGAAACCACAUACUUACUUGGAAAUAACACUACAAAAAGUUACUUAAGCCGUAGAUGUAAAAUAAAAAGUGUAAGUUUCGAUCAAAAUUAAUACUAAUAAAAAGUAAUUUUAAUUUUACGCGCCCUAAGCUACUACUACUCUAAGAGAAUUCGUCGCAGCAAUAUCAUACUUACAGCCAGAAAUACACCCACGCACACGCCACUUCCACUAUACUACCACAAGAUCAAAAAUUCAGAAAAUUAAAACCGGGUUUUUUGGAGAAAAUAUCCGUUAUUCACGGAUGAAGUUUUGGCACAAUGUUAGCAAAGGCAAAAACUAGUAUGUGGUUUCAUUUAACCCAAUGUCAAAAUGACCCUGUAUGUAACAGUAAAUACGAAAAAUAAAUGUCUUCUUUGAAUUCGGCGUUAAAUAUGUUGAAAAAUUAAUCGGAGUUGUAGUCAA